CAUUAUUGAAUUCCUGUUGAUAUUAAUUAAAUUAGUUCCAGUUGCUUCUUCUGUGAAAGCUUACACACAAAGACACAAUCAAAGUAAGUAACAAAAAAUUGCAGUUGCAUUAUCACACACAAACAGAUCUAGAGAUCCCAGGAUAGAUGGCUUGUGUAGCUGUAGCUUCUCUUCUCAGAACAAUAGAGCUUGAGUUCUUGCAAUCUCACCCUCGUCCACUUGUACUGGCCUAUGGUCUCAUCUCUCCCAACAAAGACUUGAUCCAAUCUUUCCACCAAAACCUUGGAUUUCUCAUAAGUCAACUCGACGAGGAAAGAAUCGGUGGUGUUGAAGCAGUUAAACACUUGGAAACCAAGCUCAGGGAUUUAACCUUCAGAGUGGAAGAUCAAAUCGAAAUCCUAGUAGCACAUCUUUAUGGUGGUGGUGAUGAUGAUGAUGAUGAGGAGGAGGAGGAGGAUAUUGAUGAUGAAUAUUUAGUCGGAAUAGCAGAUCUUUUUGUAGAAGAGGAAGAUCUGUACGUGGAAAAACCACAGAGGGACACAGAUGCGGAGAAGACGACUCAGCAAUGUGUGAAACUUGGUCAAGUUUUUCAAACUGCAAUGGAAGAAAUUGAAGCCAUCAAGGAAGAGUUGCUGAAAAUCAAGAAUAGGGACGAGGUAGAAGAAAGAAAGACAGCCCAUGAUGUUCUACAAAGGUCUGAAGUUGUUUCCUCCCAAGCACAAAUGGUCGGCAAAAAUGAUGAGUUUGAGAUUAUCAAGAAGCUGCUAACUGAACUUGGAUCUAAGGAAAAAAAAGUUGUAUCAAUUAUAGGUAUGGGAGGAAUCGGUAAGACCACUUUGGCUAGACAAGUUUAUGAAGAUCCAUCAAUUUCUAUCCACUUUGACGUGCGAGCUUGGGUUGUAGCAUCUCAGCUUCACAAUAAGAGGCAAAUGCUUAUAGGUCUUCUUAAUUCAAUUUCCAGACAAGGCAGCCUAGAAGAAUCUACUGACGAGGAUCUUGCUUUAAAACUCUACCAAUGUUUGAAGCGUCAAAGGUACAUGGUUGUGGUCGAUGAUGUGUGGAGUGGUGAGGCAUGGGAUGAUGUUAGCAAUUGCUUUCCUGAGGAUGGAAAUGGGAGUCGAGUAUUGUUAACUACUCGUCUUGCAGAGGUGGCAAAUUAUUCUAGCUCCGACAGUGACUUUUCUCAUCAUAUGCAAUUAUUGGAUCAAAGUGAUAGCUGGAACUUAUUUUGUGAAAAGUCAGGUAAAUUUUGUGGUGUUGAAUUUGAGAUAAUCGGAAGGUCAAUUGUUGAAAAGUGCAAAGGAUUGCCUCUAGCAAUAAUUGUGGUUGCAGGAUUGUUUUCCAAACUUAGCACACUAAAUGAGUGGGAGAAUAUUGCAAAAGUUCUAGAUUCUUCAACAACAACAACUAUUGCAGCAAUAUGCUCAAAAAUAUUAUUACUGAGCUACAAUCACUUGCCUCACCAUUUAAAGGCAUGCUUUUUAUAUUUAGGAGUUUUUCCAGAAGAUUAUGCGAUCAAUGCUAAUGAGCUCGUAAGGUUAUGGUCUGCCGAAGGACUUGUAAAGACAUCGGAGAAUGAAAACUUUGAUGUUGUGGCUGAUAGACACAUACAAGAACUUAUGGAUCGAAACCUAAUUCUUGUGAGAAAGUGGAGUUGCUGUGGAAGAAAAAUUAAAGUGUUUGGGGUGCAUGAUUUAUUGCAUGCAUUUUGUGUGAAGGAAGCUCAGAAGGAGAACCUUCUACAUGUUGUUCGAGAAAAUGGUUCAGAUUUUCCUCAAAGGUGCUUCCGUUGGGUAAGCAUACAAUCAUCAAAUUUUGAUGUGUCUACACUAUGUUAUUCUUCAAGAAGUUAUCGAUCCUUCUUCUGUUUUUCACAUAACGACAUAAACUUAAAUUGGGAACAGUUCAAGCUAGUGAGAGUAUUCUUCUCUCCUAGAUGUACGAAAUACAAAAAUAUUGUGAAUUUCGUUCAUUUGAGAUACUUCUCGAGGCCUAGUUAUCAUUAUAUUGGGAAACUGUUUAAGACUUGGAAUCUUCAAACACUUUCUACUAAUGAUGCAGUUCAUAAGGACUGUUUGAAGUUCCCACAACUACAAUAUUUUGCUUGCUUAUCUUUGAGCGGACAAUCUCCCGUUCGUCAAAGCUUGCAGUCCCUUUCUCGGUGGAAGCCUGAACAUUGCACAAAACAAUUCUUUACACAUCAAAACUUGCAGUCCCUUUCUCGGUUGAAGCCUGAACAUUGCACAAAACUAUUCUUUAGACAUGUUCCAAAUGUAAAGAAGAUAUGGAUUGUCCGUGGUAAUAAAAGAGAGUCCAACGAUUGCAUUGAGAACCUUGUCAAUUUACAGCAGCUGGAGAGACUCCAUAUUAGUGCUAAUAAUUGGGAUAAUAAAAUAGUCCAGAUCAACGGCCAUAUUACUCUCUUGAAAUGUCUUAAGAGGUUAAGAUUUGAAGGUAAUCAUUUUGAGUGGAAUGGAAUUAAUGUUCUUUGCAAGUUGCCUAGGCUGGAGGUGCUCAAGUUAAAUGGCGGUAGCUGUGUAGGCAAACAAUGGGAGCUACUUGAGGAUGACAAAUUCUGCCAGUUAAUUUUUUUGAGAAUUGGUUCAACUGAUCUCAAGGAUUGGAAAGCUACGAGUGAUCAUUUCCCAAAACUUGAGCACCUCUCUCUUUUUUCUUGCAAGAAAUUGAAAGAGAUCCCUAGCGGGUUUGCAGAAAUUUCAAAAUUGAAAUCAAUCCAAUUAGCGGACUGUCGUCCUUCUGUGGUGUCUUCAGCCGAAGAAAUCAAGGAAGAACAACUUGAUUAUUUAAAUAAUAUUGUGGAUGUGGUUGUGGCCGAGCGACGUCGCUACUCCGCCUACACUCGGGUUUCUAAGCCCGAGUCUGAUGAAUACGAGUCUGAUGAAGCUUAGUUUGAUGAAAUUGAGUUGUGCCAGAAGAGCAGAAGGAAGAAAGCUUGAGAAAAGAAGACUAGAGAAAAAUUGGUAGCUAUGCAUAUCUAUCAUUGUGAAGCAUAAAAUUUGACUUUGUAACAUUGUACUGUGUAGCUCUGAGUGAGAAAGUCUUGCAUCACUUUGUGCUUUAAAGUGAUUUAGACUCGUCCUUUGUUGUGUUUUUUGCUUUAUAACCGUUUGGUUUCUAUUCCAUUUAUAAGGUCAUGUGAUAUGCUUGAAGUUCAAUGUUUAUCUUGGUCUAAAAAUUUGGGCUUUUGCAGUUCAGUUAAAAGUCACUCCGUAUUUGUUGAAUACUUGAGGUGUUAAAUUUGCUGAUGCAUAUGGAGAUAUGUUAUUGGAUUUGAACCUGA